UCAAAAGCCAAAAAUAAUUAUAAUAAUAAUAAUCAAUGCAGUACUUUUCAAUCAUAUUAAUGUACCUUUGUCUCUACUUCAGCUUCCGAUCCGAAGAGGAAGAAAAGAAAUGGAGCCUAUUAGUGAAGAGAAAGAAUUGUUCAAAUGUGCCAUGAAAGGUGAAUGGAACACUGUUAUAAGAAUAUACAAGAACAAUCCGUCAGUGCAUGUGGCCAAGAUCAUUAGAUCAGGUGAUACCGCGUUGCACAUUGCCGUCUCCAACGUCCAAGAAGACAUUGUAGAACAGCUAGUGGAGUUGAUUUCCGCGCAGAGUGAAUGCAGGAAAGCACUGGAAAUGAGAAACGGGCUGGGGAAUACUCCUCUGCACGCUGCGGCUUCACUAGGGAAUGUAAGGAUGUGCCAAUGCAUCGUGCGAGUGGACUCGUCGUUGCUUGAAAUCCAAAACAACGUCGGAGAAACCCCGCUGUUCAUGGCAGCUCUUUAUGGCAAGAAAGAGGCUUUCCUUUGUCUUAACUCUUACUGUCAAAGCCAAGAAGAAGGUUAUUCUUAUUGUAGAAGAAAGGAUGGUGAAAAUGUUCUCCACUGUGCCAUAUCUGGAGACUAUUUUGAUUUGGCAUUUCAAAUCAUUUACCUUUACGAAGAUCUUGUCAACUACGUAAACGAGAAUGGGAUAUCAGCCCUGCAUCUCUUGGCUAGCAACCCGACUGCCUUCAGAAGCGGUAGCCAUCUUGGUCGUUGCAGCCAUCUUAUCUAUAAUUGUAUAACUGUGGAACCGCUUAAGGUGGAAACUUCAUUCAAACAAUCUUCAAGCAAAGGUCAAUCCAAGGAAACGAUGAGAAUUAGUUAUCCUGGCAAUUACCAAACAUGCAUGCACUUAUUUCACCUACUAAAGCAGCUGGUUCAAGUAGUGACAAAACGAAGUUCACGGAAGACAAACCGAGGAGGUUCGGAUGAAAACAUUGAAGCUCCUAAUGUCACCUCUGAGACAGUACCGAAAGAGGACGGAAGACGCCAUGGAGAUGGACAUCAAUUCUUUCCUUCCAAUUAUGUCACCUUAGUUGAUUUUGUCAAAUUGUUAUCCAAAGCAAUGUUGGUUAUACUAGGAUUAGGAUCACGGAGAAUUAGGAAGUUAAGGGAGAAGAAACGGAAGCAUACUUGGGCAGUUCAGGUCAUGAAUGAGCUUCUACAACAUGUUUCUAUUUACCAGUAUGAAGACAAUGGAUGUAGACCUCAGCUAUCAUUAUAUGAUGUCGAUGAGAUAAAGCCUUAUGAAUUCACUGAAGAUGGUGACAUUAAAAUGCCUAUUGAUGAUUCAGACCCAGCUAAACAACGUGACCAAAGCAAGGGAAAAACUUUGGAAGCAGGAGAGAAGAAGAAAACUAAAGAAGUGGCAAAACGAGAGACACCCAUACUAAUAGCCGCAAAGAGUGGAAUCACAGAGAUGGUUGAUCAAAUCCUACAACGUUUCCCAGUUGCAAUCCAUGAAAUGAACUCGGAAAACAAGAACAUAGUGUUGCUGGCGGUGGAGAAUCGGCAACCUCACGUUUACCAGCUCUUGCUUAAGAAAAAUAUAAUGAAAGACAGUGUUUUCCGAGCGGUGGAUGAGAAGGGGAAUAGUGCAUUGCACCUCGCCGCGAUGCUUGGUGACCAUAAGCCUUGGCUCAUCCCUGGUGCUGCUUUACAAAUGCAAUGGGAAAUCAAGUGGUACGAGUUUGUUAAGCAUUCCAUGCCGGUCCACUUCUUCGCUCGUUACAACACGGAGAACAAGACCCCGAAGGACAUAUUCACCGACACACACAAACAACUGGUCGACAAGGGCGGCGAAUGGCUAACCAACACCUCCGAGUCGUGCUCCGUCGUAGCAGCAUUAAUCGCAACCGUGGCAUUCGCCACAUCGACCACCGUUCCGGGCGGGGUGAAAUCGGAGAGCGGGAAACCAACUUUGGAAAACCAUCCGGCAUUCGACGUCUUCGCCAUCUCGUCUCUCAUAGCUCUCUGCUUCUCUGUGACAGCGGUGGUAAUGUUCUUGUCGAUAUUGACGUCUAGGUACCAAGAGAGGGAUUUCGGCAUAGAUUUGCCGCGAAAGCUGUUGCUGGGGCUGACGUCGCUGUUCGUGUCGAUCGCGUCGGUGCUAGUAUCGUUUUGCGCAGGACAUUUCUUUAUAUUGAAAGAUAAGUUGAAAUACGCGGCAUUUCCGGUAUAUGCAGUGACUUGCCUGCCGGUGACGCUGUUUGCCAUAGCGCAGUUUCCCCUAUACCUUGAUCUGGCUUGGGCGCUCUUCAAGAAGGUGCCACAGCGUAGUUACGAAGCUAUUCCUCUCUAGUUUCGACUUUCCAGUAAACAAUGAAGCUUUAGUAGUAUUCUAAAACAUUAAAGUAUGUUUUUUUGAAUUGGAACAAAUAUAACUAUGCUUUAGCUCGAGAGUGA